AUGAUUAGUGAACAAGUUCAAAUAUCUAACACAACUAGACAACGAACUGCUGUUGAACAUACGGCCCAUCAGGAAGAAAAUACUAUUACUUCUGCCGUAAUUUCUGACAAUAUUGAAUUAGAACCACUUAUUGAUGACACCACAGAUGUUCAACAACU